AUGAAUUACGAAACUAACAUAUACAAAAGCAGUCUAAUGAAUAAAUGGGUCUUAAUACUUUUAUUUAUCAUAUGUACAAGUCUUAUCGCUGUUUUUACUGGAAUAGCAGAAGUUGCUCCUUAAAUUCUUACAUUUACAGAUGUAGUUGAUGAUACCAAAUGUUAAAAUGAAUUAAAUGUUUAAUGUACUACAUUGGAUAAUUAAAGAAAUCUAGGGAACUUAAGAAGAAUUUAAAUCAGUCUUAAACAAUAAUUUAUUGUGUUUCUUUUGCCAUGAAAACAUUCCAGAAAAACCAUUUGGAAUCAAAGGCAUUUUACUCAAUUAAGAAAAUAUUGUAAAUUAAACUAUGAUAACAUACUCCGUUGGAUAUUUUGAUGAUAUUUCAAAAAAACCUUGUUGGUAUGAGGCAUUAUAAAAUGAAAAUAUAAACAAUCUACCUAACAUUAAAGCUAAUGUCUUUGAUAAGUAAAUCAAAGUUUAAUCAUCUACAUUGUUACUUAAUUGGGAAUGUAUCUAAAAUCUUACUUCAUAUACUUGUUACACCAAAGAAAAUAUAUUUAGUGAUAAUAGGUAGUUUUCAAGAUUGUUUGGAUUUGUAAAGAUAAAAGGAAUUUAAUAUUAAUAUAUGAAUUUUGCUAUUAUGAAACAAAGUUAAGACUAUUAUCUAUAUAAUGAAGUAAUGAUGAUUGCUUGGAUUGGAAUAGAACUUGUUUUUUGUUGUGUUUUAUUUAUGUUAGAAGAUGAAUUUGAAGAAUAACAAGAUUAAGUUUUAAUACCUACUUUAGCUGUAAGAAAUCAAAUAUUUUUAAUAUUUUUAUUAAAUAAUCAUCCAUUAUUCUUGAUAUAAUUGUUUUAUGAUAAUUUAUACUUGAAAUUAUUCAAUGUAAUUUUUUAAUCAAUUGGUUAAGCUGGAUUUAUGUUUUAUUGUAUAUUUAUCAAUUUCAAAUUACUUGGAUUAAAUUAAUAAUUCANAGUACACUUAUUAUCAUUGCUAAUACCCAAAGAAAAUAGUUUUCUUUCAUCAAACAAAAUUAUGUAAAUCCUAUUAUAAAUUACAAUCUAUUCUCUAGUUUCUACUAAAAACUAUUUGUAAAGUUCUCAAUUUGAUUCAUAUAAUAUAUAUUAAUAUAUAAUUAAAUUAAUGAAUUACGAAACUAACAUAUACAAAAGCAGUCUAAUGAAUAAAUGGGUCUUAAUACUUUUAUUUAUCAUAUGUACAAGUCUUAUCGCUGUUUUUACUGGAAUAGCAGAAGUUGCUCCUUAAAUUCUUACAUUUACAGAUGUAGUUGAUGAUACCAAAUGUUAAAAUGAAUUAAAUGUUUAAUGUACUACAUUGGAUAAUUAAAGAAAUCUAGGGAACUUAAGAAGAAUUUAAAUCAGUCUUAAACAAUAAUUUAUUGUGUUUCUUUUGCCAUGAAAACAUUCCAGAAAAACCAUUUGGAAUCAAAGGCAUUUUACUCAAUUAAGAAAAUAUUGUAAAUUAAACUAUGAUAACAUACUCCGUUGGAUAUUUUGAUGAUAUUUCAAAAAAACCUUGUUGGUAUGAGGCAUUAUAAAAUGAAAAUAUAAACAAUCUACCUAACAUUAAAGCUAAUGUCUUUGAUAAGUAAAUCAAAGUUUAAUCAUCUACAUUGUUACUUAAUUGGGAAUGUAUCUAAAAUCUUACUUCAUAUACUUGUUACACCAAAGAAAAUAUAUUUAGUGAUAAUAGGUAGUUUUCAAGAUUGUUUGGAUUUGUAAAGAUAAAAGGAAUUUAAUAUUAAUAUAUGAAUUUUGCUAUUAUGAAACAAAGUUAAGACUAUUAUCUAUAUAAUGAAGUAAUGAUGAUUGCUUGGAUUGGAAUAGAACUUGUUUUUUGUUGUGUUUUAUUUAUGUUAGAAGAUGAAUUUGAAGAAUAACAAGAUUAAGUUUUAAUACCUACUUUAGCUGUAAGAAAUCAAAUAUUUUUAAUAUUUUUAUUAAAUAAUCAUCCAUUAUUCUUGAUAUAAUUGUUUUAUGAUAAUUUAUACUUGAAAUUAUUCAAUGUAAUUUUUUAAUCAAUUGGUUAAGCUGGAUUUAUGUUUUAUUGUAUAUUUAUCAAUUUCAAAUUACUUGGAUUAAAUUAAUAAUUCAUCACCUUUUUCAAUAUAGGAAUUUGUGUAUCAUAUUCGAUAUUAAAAUCUUUUAUAACAAUUGCCAUAGGUUUAGAAAUGAUGAAAAACAUACCUCAAUCUUCUGUAUAUUUGAAUGACUCGAAUUUUACAUUUAUUGGAUUAUUUAUGGUGUUUUGGUAUGUAUAUUUUAUGGGAAUUUAAUGUGUAUUAUACAUAAAAAAUAAAAGAAAUAAAAAAAUUCAAUUUAGACAAGCUAGAACAGAUACUAAUAUGAAAUUAUGUCAUAAAUAUUUUAAGGGAAUUUUAAUAUUUCAAAUCUUUAGUACAAUAUUUGUAAAUGCAUUUUUUGCAAGAAUAUUAUGGUAAAACAUAAUUAUAUUUAAUCCAAAUUAUUUGUAUUAUGAUCAUUAUCAGAUAACUCUAAUAAAUGUUUGGAUUAUUGCAUUAUUCCUUUUAUUUCAUCUUGAAAAUCCAAAUAAGAUAAAUUAAAUUCUAGAAGCAGAUUAAGAAGAAAUAAGCGAUAAAGUUGAUAUUCAAUUAUGUAAUACAAUUUAAUUAGAAGAAGAAUAGGUGAAAUUGCAAGAAAUUCCUGAGUAAAACAUAGAAUAAGGUAGUAAGACUCUAGAUACGAAUUUACGUAAAGUAAAGUAUUAUGAUAUAGCAUAACCUGAAACAUAACUAAGACAUUGAUUUAUAAUUAUAUAUAAAUUUGAUGAUUAUUUCUGAAUAAAUGUAAGCCAACUUGGCUCACUUUUUUUUAGUUCUAAAAUAAUAAGAAUGUGUUCAAUAUUAAGAUAUAAAUGGUACUCAAUAUGAAGGAUAGAUAAGACUCAUAUAACCAAAUGAACAAAAAUUGGUUUUUAAUUACAUUCGUAAUUUGGCAACUAAUGAAUAAAAUGAUAAUAAACAAAUUCAAUUCAAAGAUUUAACAUAUCUAAAAAUUCAAAAUCAAAUUCAACAAACUUAAAUAAUAGAAAAAUCUAAAUCUGAAAAAAAAACAAAAACAUUUGUUAGAUGGGAACAAAAUGUAGAUGCUUCAAAUUUAGAAGAUUAAGCAGUGAAAAAUUUUGAUCAAUUUGAAGCUAUUAAAAAAUUUGGAAUUGAUGCUACAUAUGAUGAAAAUAAAUAUACAACUAAAUUAAUAGCACCUGUAACUGAAGAUUUAAGACAAUAUGCAGAAAAAUGUGAAAAAGAAUUGAAAAAUGACACAAGUAAUAAACAUGUUUUAGAAGAGAGAAAUCUAAAAUAAUUAGAAGAUGAAGAAUAAGCAUAUUCAGAAGUUAUCAGAGAAUAACCAUAAUAAAUUAAUUAAGUUUAAUAAGCUAUCUAAACUUAAGUAGCUACUACUCCAAUUAAAUUUUUCAAUUCAAAUAAAAAAAAAGAAAAAAAUGGCAAAAUAUAAUAUAUAGAGAAAUUAUUAGAAUAAGUAAAUCUAAUUGCAGAUGAACCUGAACAAUAACUUAAAAUAAAACAAUUAAAUUAAGAACCAACUACCAAGUAUUUUUAUAUAUAUAAUUAAAUAAAUAGAUUCAAGUUUUAAUAGGUUAACACUGAUAAUAUUCCUAGAUUAAUGCUUUGUAAUUUCAUUAAUGCAAUUGAAGGAUAUAAAUGGUAAAAUAUGAACCCUGAUCAAAGUAAAAACAAAAAAGAGAAAUUAAAAAAAUGA